AACAGACACAUAAGCAUGUCUUAUUUCUCACCUAAUCAAGGGAACGGAACAGGUGUUGCCAAAGACGAGCUGCAAAAGAGAUUCGUCUUUCAUAGCAGUGUUGUAACCACUGCGUCUCAGCUAACGAGGAAAGACUUGUUUCGUUGCACGUCUCAUCUUAGGUCUAACCAACAACCUUUGGUCAACAUGAAGAUCUUUGUGUUGCUGGCUGUUCUAGCAACAGCCUCUGCCGAACAACCAGUUGGAAUUCUCGAAGAUCUGUUAACUACGAUUGCUCAACUCGCGCUCAAAGGACUGGAUCCUGCAAGCGUAUCCUACACAGAGCUCCACAUUACGUCGCAUGAAGAUACCGAUCUGUUCUUCAUCUUCAAAGACGCACAAAUCAGCAAUUUCUCGAACAUAGUUAUCACCGGAUUUGACCCGAUUUUGGAAACGUGGCAGUUCACUGCAUCGGCACAGCUUGAGAGAUUUGUAGCCCACGCAGACAACUACACAACCAAGGGAAUUCUCAAAGGGCUCCCCUACUCCACCUCGGGAACCAUGGACUUUGCCGCCAAUCAUCUGGAGGCUGUUGUUUCGCUGAGAAUCGCAAGAUUUACGUUCACGCCGUUUCAAAUCUGUCUUGCGGAACAGUCGCUCAGGGUUGACCUUACUGGCAAAAGCUUCGAGGCAAACUUUGAAAACGCAGAUGAGCUGAAUGCCGAAAUGAAUGCACACGGGGCUGAACUAGUGGCAGAACUACAAGAAAAGAUCAGGGCACAUGCCGAUGACGUCAUCAAUUGGGUCAACUUCAUAUUUUGCGAUCGCCUGUAAACCACAAUGGUUUUGCUUCCUGCUCGGACAAAGGCCACGCCCACUUGGAGGCAUGGGUGCCAAAUGUUUCUAGACAUUUAAUUUGCCUAUAAAUUUAAUGUGUUUCUCCACGAAAACUUAAUAAAAAUGGAUAUAAGGAAGCUCAAAAUACUGUAUACUUGAUACACGAUACGAAUUUUGCUUAUUCUAUAACAAAUUUAUCUGUGAAAAAAAAAAAGAUAUUAAAUAAGAAAGUUAAAAAUUUUCAUUUCGAAAGGAUAAUUUUUUAGGCAAAAUUAUUUUUUUUAUUGUUAUUCUGGAAAGUAAAUAAAUUCAUUUGUAUAAUAUGGGAUCAUUAUAA